UGGAGCGGCGCAGGCUGCGGCGGAAGUUAGGCCGCGUUGCCAUGGCGACCAGCUGGGGGCCGUUCGGGGCUGGGAGCGCGGGGCUUGCUGGCCGGUACCAGGCCGCGGAGCCUAACGCAGAGCCUAAGAUGGACCCCGAGGCGCUCGUCCAGUGUCCCUACGACAAGGCGCACCAGAUCCGAGUGUCCCGGCUGCCCUACCACCUCGUCAAGUGCCAGCGGAACAACCCGCAGGUGGCUCGCUCGCUGGAGAUCUGUCCCUUCAACGCCAGGCACAGGAUGCCACGAGCCGAGCUGCAGAGACACAUGGCCUGCUGCCCCGACCAGCGCCAGCUCUUCGACUCUCGGGAGUUGUCCAUGUGCACCAAUGACCGGGCAAAGCAACCCAAAGUCCCCGUGGCCUGGCAGGCCCCCCCGUGCCAAGAGGACUGGGAGGCAGAGGUCGAUGAGCUGGAGGAAGCUGCUCCAUUUAUCCUCAACGCCACUAUCAGUGACCUGCCCCUCCAAGGAGACAGCACUGCUCUGGCGGCACCCCCAGCCUGGAGCCAAGGUGUGGGUCCUGCAGCGACGGUGACAACGGGACACCUUGCAAAGGGGCCGGACCGGCAGGAGCAGAACGGACCGAGGAGGGUGGUGGCACAACCGAGGUGGUGCCCGCCUCCCCGCUAGGACCAGGGGGAACCACGGCGCAAGAAGGGCAGCACCCGCUCGGUAUCUGCCGUGGGGAACGUUUGUAGCCAUAGGUUUUAAAAACGUUUUGGAAAUACGUGGCUUGUGAGUGUGCGUGGUGUCCUGUCGCUUGGUUUGGGGGGGGGGGACCCCCUGGCAUUGCGGUUAGGGGACAGCAGCAAAAUGGGGACCGUGAUGGGUUGGGGAAGGGGGGGGUUCCAGUGGGACGAGAGUUGCGGGAUGGGGACAAACAGGAUGCCCUGGUGGGAGCAUGUCAUGGGUCCACCAUGUCGCGUGUCCCCUACACUGCUUGGCUGUGCUCUCAGCAUGUUCCGUGUAGCCCCCUGCUUGUGGCACAAUCAAUGGGGGAGGGGGAGCAGCAGUCGCAUUUUGGUGCCUGUCUAUGUCCCCAUACACCCCACAGUGCGUCCCCAUGACCCCUGGGCCACCCUGUGUUCCAGCUUGUCCCCAGGUGUCUCCAUAACCCCCCCCUGCCUGUACCCAAUCCCCUAACAGUGUGCCCAGGGUCACUGGUGCCCUGCUACUCCCCUCAGCCUGCCCCCAUAACUCAGAUGGGGACAGCGCCGAAGAGGACGACGAGGACCAUCCAGCGUGGCCAGAAUGGCUCCAGGAUGUUUCCAAGCCGGGGGGGGGACCCCACGGAGCCCCGGCCUCUCCAGAAGAGCAGUUUCAUGUGUGCUUCGAACCGUGCCAAUAACGAACGGCGUUGCAACACUUGCCGAGAGUUUUGCUCACAGGGUGGAUCCAGCCGGCAAAGCAGCAGUGGGGCAGGCUGUUGCCCAUCCAGCGUCGGAUCGGCUCCGCUUUCCUCGUGCACGUGCAGGGAGCCUUGCACCUCCUGCCACAGCAGCGCUCUGCUCCUCCACCACCACCACCACGUCCGCCGCUUCUGGCGCAGCCGGCGGGAGCGUCGGAUUUUCCUCUCGCCCCGGGGCCUCGGCCAACGAGGGCAUAAGGAGGUAGAGGGGGAGAAGAAGGGUGAGCGGUUGGGCACGGAACGUCGCUGCCAGCUUCCAGCAGCUCCCAGCCGGGUCGCCCCGGGGCGUGAAAAGGCGUUUGCAGGGUGUUGCUGAGGGCAGGAGGGAGCUGCUGGGAUGGAGGGGAUGGCUCCCGCCUGCACGCGAGGGGGUGUUGUCCUGCGCCGAGGCCGGAUGUUUUUUUUCCAGUGCAUGGGAGGAUUUAGGGGCUGGGCUGCCCACGCCAGGGCUUGGAAGCACAGAUCUCUGUCCCCCGUGGUUUUGUGGCCACCUGUGUAGAGCGGACAGGUCUCUCCAUGCUUACAGUGGCUUUUCCACGUUCUAUUUCGGGGCCGUUUCCUGCCCGUUUGGAGAUGCCCCGCUUACCCCGACCCCAAUAACUCCAACCCUAACCCCGAGGACUUCAACCAUUUCUCCCUGUUCCCUUCCAUGCGGUGAUGAAACACCACAUGUGCCACAAGCGCCCGGACCGGCACCGGCACCCACCCCGCACCCAGGGGACGUGAGCCGAGCCCCCCACCCGAAGGUGCCAGCGACCCCCGGGAGAAGCGAGCAGUGAGUACCUGGCCACGCUGGCAGCUCAGCGUGAGCUCGUCUGCACGACACCCAUUAAAAAUUCCCCUGGCCUUAACUCAA